AUGGUCGAGUGGGUUCGUGAGCAAAUUUCAAAUAAGGGAGCCAGGUACACUGACCUUUGGUAUAUUGGUGGCGGGUCAUACGGAACGGUAGUUUCCGCGUACGACAACCAAACCAAUGAAAGGGUGGCCAUCAAGAGGAUUGUAUUACAGAAUCGGCAGCCCUUUUAUAAGUACACACUUCGCAAGAUUAAAAUACAGACCAGUUUUAGUCAUGAAAAUAUCAUUGAUAUCCGGGAUAUAAUCAUAAAACCCGGAACCAAUGAUAGGAUGUCUGUCUAUAUUGUUCAGUCCCUUAUGGAUAUUGAUUUGCAUAAUUUACUGAAAAUUACUAGGCUAACCAAUCAGCACGUAUGUUAUUUCUUAUACCAAAUGCUACGCGGUUUAAAAUACGUACACUCGAAUGUAUUGCACCGGGAUCUCAAACCCAGCAAUAAAUUAGUAAACUCCACGUGCGAACUUAAAAUCUGCGACUUCGGACUGGCCCGAGUGGCCGACCCAUACUACGACCAUACCGGUGCUCUAACUGAAUACAUGGCCACUCGAUGGUAUAGGGCACCGGAGAUUAUGCUCAAUAGUAAGGCCUAUACUAAAGCGAUCGGUGUUUGGUCUGUUGGCUGCAUAUUAGCCGAGAUGCUCGACAAUCGGCCCCUAUUUCCGGCCGUAAACUAUCUGGAUCAUCUGAAUCGCAUACUGGACGUAUUAGGGUCGCCAUCGGCCGAUGAUUUGAACUGCAUAAUCAACCCGAAAACGCGGACAUACAUCCUGUCCCUACCUUUCAGGCUUAAGAUAUCCUGGGCUCAAAAGUAUCCCAAUGCUAAUCCUGACGCCCUGGACCUUUUGAACCGAAUGUUAACAUUUAAUUCGUGGCAACGAAUUACGGUAGACGAGGCACUGGCCCACUCAUACCUCAGUGAGUAUUAUGACCCACAGGACGAACCGGUAGCCGACCAGCCCUUUACUUUUGAGAUGGAGUCGGACGACCUCCCAAAGGAGGUGCUGAAGGAACUGGUGGUAGAGGAGACGUUCAGGUUUCAUACCCGACCGUAUAAUUUAGUAGCAUGA